GAACUGACCGUGUUUGCUACUUGCGGCCAUCCUCCUUCCUGGCUGCAGAGACUGGAGGCGCUGCUCUAGGUGGCCCUCAGCUGCAGAGCUGCCAUGAGCGCCUGCGCGCGACGGCCGCGCAGCUGGAGCGAGGCUUUGCGGAGGUGGGGGCGGCAAAGAGCUUCCUCUUGACGGAUUGGACCCAACUGGUUGCUCGGUGGCGCCCAGGUGGCGAUGUUCUGCGCCGGGCGGAGGCUCAUUAUACUGAAGGCAGUGGCUUCUACAAAUGGCACAGGGACGGAUUGGAGUCUGACUGGUCUGGACUGCUGGGGUGGUAUUAUUGGCUCCAGCGAGGUGCCGUGAGGCGGCGGUCCGUAACCGGUAUCCUGUAUCUCAACGAGGAGGACUGGCUCCCGACGUCCGGCGGCGCCUUGCGCUGCCGUGCUGCGGUCGCGGGCGUGGACGUCGAGAAAAAGAGCGGCCUUGCGGAGAUCCUGCCGAAGGGAGGGCGUCUGGUGUUGUUUGAUUCGCGGAAGGUGGAGCACGAGGUGGUGUCCACUCUUCGAGACCGUUGGGCCCUGACGGCGCCCGGGGUGCGGGGUCCACCCCACGCGGCCGGGAUGGCGGAGCGAACGGAGGGUACAGCAAAGGGAGGGUUGUACAGCAGACACCAAACUGAAAACAGAUAGUGAGAACAUUGGGAACACCAUGUGAACACCAUUUUUUUGGAUGCUUUGGGCUUUGGGGGUGCAGCCUGGGGGUGGUCUUGGGUGUGGUCUAGGGUCCAGGGAUGGUGCGGGGCAUCAGGACUCGCAGACGUCGAUGAGUCGUGCCUGCACUUGAAGGCUUGGUUCCACGAGUGAGGCGCCGCCAGGAGAGGAGUUUGAUCUCUACAGACUGGGAUCAAGCGAAAGCCGAAAAGGCACGGCAUACAGCGGCAUACAGCUAUCCUGGAGUCUCGAACGGUCGAUACGUUGUCUUUUUUCUUAUAGAAGUGUGUGAUGGCUCUGUUUUUCUUGAGACUUGGCCUGGGACAUGAUUUCUUUCCUUUCUUUUUUACA